AUGCCAGACAAAGCCGUGGGUUCUCCCUUCAGCCUUUUGCCCAGAUACGUGCUGUCUGAGUCCAAAUCACUCAGGAAAUCGGAACCACGCGUCUCCAAAUCGCGGUUUCUGGUUGGAGUGUCUCUGUCUUUUUUUAGGAAUUGGUUAAAUCAAAAAGGAGAGGGAAGAGCUGAUGAGGAAUUUAAUGAGCUUUGCUUUGAGUUUGGUUUGGAGCUUGAUGAAGUUACAUCUGAGAAAGACAUUAUAAGUAAAGAAAAAGGUGAAGAAAAGGCAAAGGGGGCAUCUGAUACUGUUCUCUAUAAAAUUGAUGUUCCUGCCAACCGUUAUGAUCUUCUUUGCCUUGAAGGGUUGGUCCGAGGACUGCAGGUCUUUAAAGAAAGGAUAAAUCUCCCUAGGUACGAAAAGAUAAUACCAGCUCAGGGUGAAGGUCAGAGGCUGAUUAUCACUGAAGAGACUGUCCAAGUCCGUCCUCAUGCUGUAGCUGCAGUCCUUCGUAAUAUAACUUUUACCAAGGAACGUUAUGAUAGUUUCAUUGACCUCCAAGAAAAACUACACCAAAAUAUUUGCAGGAGAAGAGCGUUAGUAGCAAUAGGUACCCAUGACUUGGACACCAUCUCUGGCCCGUUUACUUUUACAGCUAAAGCACCUUCUGAAAUUAAAUUCAAGCCCUUGAAUCAAUCCCAGGAGUACACAGCUUCACAAAUUAUGGAUCUGUAUAGGACUGACAGCCACCUUCGGCACUAUUUACACCUAAUUGAAAACAAGCCACUUUAUCCUGUCAUUUAUGACAGCAAUGGUGUUGUUCUGUCCAUGCCACCAAUCAUUAACGGAGAUCAUACAAAAAUAAAUGUAAACACCAGAAAUGUGUUUAUUGAAUGUACAGGCACAGAUAUUACAAAGGCAAAAAUUGUUCUUGAUAUUAUAGUCACGAUGUUUAGUGAAUAUUGUGAAAAACCAUUCAGUGUUGAAGCAGCAGAAGUAGUUUAUCCUAAUGGGAAGACCCACAUCUAUCCGGAACUGGCUUACAGAAAAGAGAAAGUGAAACCUGAACUCAUUAACAAGAAAAUAGGAAUCAGUGAAACUCCAUCAAGCCUUGCAAAGCUGCUGACUAGGAUGUGUUUGGAGUCACACGUCAUAGGGAAUGGGAACAAUAUAGAGAUUGAAAUCCCUCCUACCAGAGCGGACAUUAUCCAUGCAUGUGAUAUCGUAGAAGAUGCAGCAAUAGCUUAUGGUUAUAACAACAUUCAGAUGACUAUUCCGAAAACGUACACCAUAGCUAAUCAACUCCCCCUCAAUAAGCUGACAGAACUUCUGAGACUGGACUUGGCAGCUGCUGGAUUCACCGAAGCACUCACUUUUGCCCUGUGUUCUCAAGAAGACAUUGCAGAUAAACUUGGCAUGGAUAUCUCUGCAACAAAAGCAGUGCGCAUAGCAAACCCCAAAACUGCAGAAUUUCAGGUGGCACGUACAACCCUCAUUCCUGGGCUGCUGAAAACUAUUGCGGCUAACCGAAAGAUGCCCUUGCCUCUCAAACUCUUUGAGAUUUCUGACAUUGUAGUAAAAGAUCCUAAUACAGAUGUAGGUGCAAGAAACUACAGGCAUUUCUGUGCAGUUUAUUACAACAAGAGCCCAGGGUUUGAGAUUAUCCACGGUUUGCUGGACAGGGUCAUGCAGCUUCUGGAAGUGCCACUAAAUGAAGAGAAUGGAUACACAAUCAAGGCAACUGAAGGCUCUGCUUUCUUUCCUGGUCGCUGUGCUGAGAUCUUUGCCAAAGGUCAAAGCAUUGGGAAACUUGGAGUCCUACACCCCGAUGUUAUCACCAAGUUUGAGCUCACCAUGCCAUGCUCUGCCUUAGAGAUCAAUAUUGAACCCUUCGUGUGAAGACACGACUUUUAUCCUCCUACAGCCGUCCACUGUCACAUGCAGCACCCUCUGCUCUUUUGUCUUUCUCUGUGGGGGACAUCUGCUUACACCUUUAUAUUCCAAUAAACUA